CCGCCAGCCAUGGGCAACUGCACCAAGACCCCUGAGAGGAGGCUCUCCAAGGAUGGGAAGCAGCACUCGGGCUGCUCGGCCUCAGGCCCCCAAGACCCCGACGAGCUGGCGGAGGCCGCGCAGUCGCCACCGCUGCAGAACUACUCGGUGCUGCAUGGACUGGUGGGGCCAGCCUGCAUCUUCCUCCGCCAGAGCAUCGCCAUCACCCAGCUGGACCGAGAGCUGCGGCCAGAAGAGAUUGAAGAGCUGAAGCAGGCCUUCCGCGAGUUUGACAAGGACCACGACGGGUACAUCAGCUACAAGGACCUGGGCGAGUGCAUGCGCACCAUGGGCUACAUGCCCACCGAGAUGGAGCUCAUCGAGCUGUCRCAGCAGAUCACGGGGGGCAAGGUGGAUUUUGAUGAUUUUGUGGAGCUGAUGGGCCCCAAGAUGCUGGCAGAGACAGCRGACAUGAUUGGCAUCAAGGAGCUGCGCGAUGCCUUCCGUGAGUUCGACACAAAUGGCGAUGGGCAGAUCAGCAUCGCAGAGCUGCGCGAGGCCAUGCGCAAGCUCCUGGGGCAGCAGCUCAACUACCGCGAGGUGGACGAGAUCCUCAAGGACGUGGAUCUCAAUGGGGACGGCCUGGUGGACUUCGAAGAGUUCGUGCGGAUGAUGUCGCGCUGAGGGCAGCGCCUGCCAACACGGGGCAGGAGCCCUGCUGUGCCUUACAAAGCAGAGGGGGCCACGGAGGAGCCCCCCAGCGCGGUCUGC